AUCGACUCCGACCUCUUGGCCGGACCCGGGGAUCCGCCAGUUCGACGUGACACCGCCGCGAGUGUUCCUCAUCCAACCUCCAUGCAUCCAAUUCUCCGAACCCAGCUGGAUCCGCGGACAUCGCCAUGCCGUGCCCGGCUGAUUGUUAUAGUGAACACAGCCCUAUCUGUCGGUCCUCCAAGUGCGCAUAUGUUCUUCCGGGCUCGGUUUUCGGGUCCCCCACUCUCUGGUGCUUUGGCCCAACUCCGCCGGGAUGCGUCUCAGCGGCCGCUGCCGGCGUUGACCGAUGAUGUCCACGACGACGACGGCGGUGACUGUGACGGAAAGUCAAAGAAUCUCGUUCGCCUUCCGCAUGUCCCUUGUCGUGGUUGUCUUGAGGAAGGACGACGCUGCGUGCGUUGGCGUGUGGGCAUAUUUCUUCUUGAAUGGGUCGGAAGUCUGCUCAUCGAGCUCGGGGCGCCAGCAUCGAUACAGGGAUUCGAAUGUGGACUUGAUCACGCCGAGUGGCAAGCAAGUCCUAUGUGCUUCACGCACAUCCCCUUCCCUUUGCCCAACAUCGCGGUAGUCGUCGCGCGUCAUUGUGCGGGUUGUCUGGGCGAGAACGGGUGACUGGGGAUGGUCGCACCCAAGUCACAGGAUGUUGGCAGAAACCAAACAAAGUUAUUGGGGAGGAAGUGCUCAAGGUUACGGGGGAUUCAAGCGACUUCCCAAGGAAUCUCACGUAUAUAUCGAGAAGGUCCAUUCCGAUGAACGCGGGAGGAAGGCAACAUUCCUGCGCACCGCUGAUAUAAGUAUGGCAGAAAGGG